AUGGGAUACGAAACACGAAGAAAGUCUGGAACCGACGUCACGGAUUUUCCCGCAGCCCAGCUACUCCCAGACUCACCGGCAGAUCCUGGCAGCAGUCCUGCUCCCGUUGCAGUUCGAUCUCGUUUGGCCCGCGCUCUUUCUUUUCUUUCUGACCGUCCAAAACCAAUCCAAAAUGGUUCGAUUUGAUAGUUCUUUGCUCGAUAGUACGGUCCAAAUGAUUUAGAGAGCGAUCGACGGAGUCCUUUGGGACAGGAUGACAGCAGAAGCUUCGAAGUUCUACAGUUUUGCUGCUCCCUGACACCUGCAUCGCUUUUCACGAGUUUGAAAAAGACGGUGAUUAAUGUAUGAGUUCAUUAUGUUGACAUCAAGCGUUCAAUACGAUUUUAUAGGCGUCCGAAAAUACGACAACUAAAAGGAGCCCGAACCGAACUACAGAGUGCCCAGGGCCGAGAUGUGUCCCUCGACUUCCGUUGUGAGGGCCAACUUUUCGGAUCAAGACAUCUUCGAAGUAUGAGCCGUUACUCAACAAGUCUUCGAAAAUCCUCAUUUUCAUUGUGCCAAAAACAAAUCUUUUUGCGAUUUUAUGUUUUUAAUAGCUUGUCAGUUUUUUUUUCUAUCGAAAUAUGAAAACCUUCUCUUCGAUGUGCGCGGCCCGUUUCUCUGUAUGCGCCUUCAAUUAAGUCUUCGAGUUUCCGUUAUAUGUUGGCGCAUGCGCGUGGAAUGCCGCGUGCUUCGAAGAGAAGGUUGCUUUUCAUAUCAAAAUAACCUUUUUUCUAGAAACACGAAAGAUGUCGUCGAAGAGUCUGGAACCGACUUCACAGGCUUCUCCGCAGCCCAACAACUUCGAGACGUUUGGCGCCAGGUCUUGGAAGCAAUCCUGCUUCCAACGCCAACAGUUUGAUGUCGUAUGUCUUGCGCCAUUUCAAUCCUUUCUGGCGGUCCAAAAAAUGUAGGAGUUCAUCAUGUAGACAUUAAAUUUUUAAUACGAUUUUGCAGGCUGCGAUGAAUACGUAAACCGAAGUACAGAGUCCCCAGUGCCGGGGGAUCAGCCAGUCUUCCGACCUUCGACGCACGUAAUUCAACGCAUCAAAGUAAUAAUGUGAAAAAUAACAUUAGGAUCUUUUUUGAAGAAGAAAUGCACAGGGCUGGGCAUAAUUAUAGAACUCUCUUGCUGCUUCUGUGGACCCGCUGGGCAUAAACUUCAUAACUUUGCAGGACGGGUAGUUAAUGGAUGCUUCAAUGUCCCACCCGCUUUUUUUUAAUAAACUCCCUCAUGUCCAUCCCUGUGUAUUUUGUUCUUUUAUCAAUUACUUUUUAUAAAAAAAAUUAAUUUGAGUUUUUGAAACUUUUUGAUCAAAAAUAUUCAAACUUGAGUCUAUAAAUAUGCCUAUUAAGUUUUUUCUUCUUUUCAGGUCAAUGGCAGUCAGGCAGAAGACAAUGAGGCGGCUAUCGUUCCUGUUAGAAGGUACCUUUUUAAGACUCUGCUGAAAGUUCAUAAAAGAAACUGACGGUAGAGUCGCUUCGAUAUGCGGGCGCAAAAAGAUUGCUGCAACUUGUCUCUUUGCAUAAAGUCGCGAAUUUAUGCUUCAAGGCGAGCUGUGGUGGUUUCUGUGCGCCUGUAUGUUGGAGUCUUAGUGUUUGGCACACAAAAACAAGGAACACAUGACAAUAUAUGACACCCGGGUGUAAAAAAAUUGAAUUGCUCAGCGAUAGAUGAUCAUACUGAGCAUGCACUAUUAAAAAUGAUAUAUAAAUACAAUCAGAGAUGGGCACCACGAUUCAGUUUUUAAAACAGCCACUUUCAAGAAGGUUUUUGAGCAUGGAAAAUGUGAGCUGAACGUUUUCUUUAGUGACCGACACUCGGCUCAUGUCUCUCCCGGCUUGAAUCUCACUUGA